CACAGAGCGCAUUCUCGCCAACUACCCACUCACUCCUGGCUUUUCCAGAUGGGCGUCCAACGCCUCCUCCUCGCUGCCGUCGUCGCGUCCGCGAUGGCAGGUCCAGCGAGCCUCCGCGCUCUGCAAGACUCGACUCCUCGUGUGACGACAGAAGACCCAACGACCGCCACCGUCACGACAACCGCAAAACCCUUCACGACCGUCGCAGUCACCACCACCGCUGCUCCAGCUACGACUCUUCCAGGGACAACCACGCCUACCACCACAUCGGGUGCUCCUACCACGACGGUCGUUACGACAGCGCCUUCCCAAACGACAACUAGUCCAUCGAGCACCCCGGCGCCUUCGUCGUCUUCAACCCCCACGCCUACGAAAUCGCAGGACUCACAGAAACCUUCGCCGGCAUCGUCGACUGAAGCACCUGUUGCAACCGACCCCCUCGACGGCUCAACCACGAGCGUCACUGCGAAAGUUACGACGACAGCCAAGCCCACCGUUCCUCCGUCGUCUGACGAAGGGUCCAGCACCGGCACGUACAUUGGAAUCGCUGCCGGUGUUGUCGUCGGUCUUGGUCUCAUCGGAGCAGGCGUGUUCUUCCUCAUGAAGCGCAAAGAUGACGACGAGGACGACGACCCUGUGUCCCCAGGCUUCAAGGACAUCAACAACAGCUCCAACUUCGGCGCGUCCGCUCCAGCGCCGUACAAACCCACCCCAACACCGCCAAAUCCGUCAUACGAGCCUGCGAAAGCAGCUCCUUCCAGUUACAUGGUGCACGAGCCGCAGCAGCGACCGAAUCCAUCUCCUGUUCCGAUCCUCCAGGCGCCAGCUGCGGAAUACCGCACAGCCCAGAUCAACAACUCGGCCAUAUUGAACACAUUCCGAUCAGCACAAGAAGACAACAGCUACGAACACCUGUCGUCGAGAAACUUGCACGACAGCACGUACGGUGGCAGCAAGGCGUGGUCAUCAGCCAUGCACGAGGAAUCUCACCACGAAGCCACGUUCGACCACGAGUUUGAAUCGAGCAGCUACAACAGCAGUGCCAACCACUCCGCGUUCAACGAUGACUUUGACUCGCAGAGCGAAGUCAGUCGAGACAGCAGCUUUGGGACGCGCAACAGCUUCCAAAGCCACAUGAGCUCCGACCUCGAUCACACCGACUUUCCCGUGCACAAGGAGUCGAACGCCGAGCGUGGGUCGUAUGAAUUGUAAACACAUCACAGAGUUUGUUCUAUCGUUGCACUCACGCGGCGCCCGUGCGACGU